ACCGUCUUCAAUGCAAUGCCAUCAAGGUCGGUCAUUGUAUGUCAGCGUUCAAAAUGGCUGCGAGUUGCGUCUUUUGCAAGAUCAUCAAGGGUGAUAUACCCUCGAUGAAAGUCUUCGAGAGCGACAAGACAUUGGCCUUCCUCGAUAUAAACCCUCUGGCUUACGGCCACACGCUUGUUAUCCCCAAGCACCACGGUGCAAAGCUCACGGACAUCCCCGACGAGCACCUAACCGAGCUGCUUCCCGUUGCGUCGCGGAUAGCCCGAGCCUCAGGUGCGGAGAACUUCAACAUCCUGCAGAACAACGGCCGGAUAGCACAUCAAAUGGUUGACCAUGUGCAUGUCCACAUGAUCCCAAAACCGAAUGAGCAAGAGGGUUUGGGUAUCAAUUGGCCCCAGCAGCAAGGAGACAAAGAUCGACUGCAGAAGCUCAUGGAAGAGAUCAAGUCGAAAAUAUGAAGAGAAUGCACCACCAUACGAAACGAUGUUUCACGUAACAGAUCGCUUGAUCGUAAUGGGUACGAAUUUCUGCAAGUGGAC